AGAUAUGCUAGUCUUUAUUUUGCAGCAGGCAUAGACUGGAAUGAAAACGAGCUUUACAUUCUAGAAGCAAUUCAUCGAUAUGUUCAAGUACUUGAUGAAUUUUUUGGGAAUGUAUGUGAAUUGGACAUAAUUUAUAAUUUUGAUAAGGCAUAUUAUGUAUUGGACGAAUUAUUUUUGGCUGGUGAAUUACAAGAACCAAAUAAGAAGGCUGUUAUUAGACAUAUUACUUCAUUUGAACAAACUUGUCAAUUAGAUAUAAUAACUCGUAACCUUGAAGAAUCCAUAAAAUAG